AUGGCUUUGCGGUGUCAGUUCGAAGCGAGCAACGAUGUCGGCGUAUUUGCUAAAUUAACCAACAGUUAUUGCUUGAUCGGCAUCGUUUCCGGUCGAAUUUGUACUCUUUUUGGUAUUUUUGCGCUCAUUUUCAGUGUGGUUGAAAGCGAAUUGGCCGAUGUAAUCCCGGUGAUUCAUUGCUCCAUUGCUGGGACUCGAAUUGUUGGACGCGUAACCGCUGGCAACCGGAAAGGACUGUUGGUACCGAAUGCAACCACUGAUCAAGAAUUACAGCAUAUCCGGAACAGCUUACCAGACAAUGUGAAAAUUCGACGGGUGGAUGAGAAAUUAUCCGCUCUUGGAAAUGUUAUUGCUUGUAAUGAUCAUGUGGCUUUGGUGCAUCCUGAAAUAAGCAAGGAGACUACGCAGGUUUGUUCAGAUUUUUUUCGAUUUUUUCGCUUAAUCGGAAUUCGGUUAAAAUAUCUCUCACCAGACCGUCUGGAUUUCUGUUCCGAAUCCUCCAGUAUCAUCCGAAUACGCCCACUUAUCAAUUUUUUUAGGAAAUGA